AGCAACUAAACCAAUUCUUGUUGCCAAUUUGUUCUUAUUUAUACGGGGUUUCUGGGACGAGAGUCGCAAUUGACAACAAUGGAGGAACACACAAAGUUUCUGGCGGAACGCUUGCUGAGCGAAGAACGGCCUAUUACAUAUCGACUGCUUAGCCGUGCCCUUGAUGUUCACGUUAACACAGCGAAAGAAAUGCUCUACGACUUUCACAAAUAUCAAAAUGAUCUGAAGCCCGCUUCAGUCCACGCAACGUACCUCGUUUACGGUUCCAAGCCCGCCAUCAAGGCCGAGGCAGACGGCGAUGUCGAAAUGAUGAGCUCUGCGCCUGAACAAGAUUACCUGACAGAUGCCGUGCCCUGCACAACCAUGACACUUGUUGCCGAAGACAAGCUCCAGGACACCCUGUCUGAAUACGCAGACGUCACAUCGCUUCACGUCUACAGCUUAUCGCCGCAACCGCAGAAAGACUUGACCAUGUUGUCUGAUGUUGCCCAGUCGAUGUCUGAGUACCCCGCGCUGGACGACGCUGCAGCACAGGCAAAGAAGUAUGGCGGUAUCGUCAAUCCUCACCUUCGCAAACGCACCCGAAAGAACGCCCCUCCUCCUCCUACUCCUGCAGCAGCGCCUGCGAAGCCCAUCAAAACAGAAGCUCCAAAAUCGACCGCUCCCGUCGCUACAAAAGUCAAAACAGAGCCUGCGCCGUCACAGCCUAAAGAAGCAGCUCCAUCCCAGUCAUCGAAGCCUGCAGUGGCCCCAAAGAAAGCUGCGGGCGGUAUCAUGCAGUCCUUCGCCAAGGCGGCUGCUAAGCCUCCCAAACCUAAGCCUGUAAAGAAGGAGGAUAUGUCAAUGGCUCUCAGUGACGACGGAGAGGCAGAUGAUGAAGAUAUGCCGGUCCCUGCCAACAAGAAAUCGGACGCCGAAAUCGAGGUGUCAAGACAAGCUCGCAAGAACCGCGAAGACGAAUUACGACGUAUGAUGGAAGAAGAUGAAGACGAGGAGGAGGAAAAGGAGGAUGAGGAUGAAGAGAUGGAGGAACCGGAGCCUGAGCCCGAGGCGGAACCUGCUGCUCCUGUGAAAGAAGAAAAAGAGCCUCAAGAAGUAGUGUCCAGCACUGGCGAUGGACGCCGUCGUGGCAAGCGCCGUGUGAUGAAGAAGAAGCGCAUCCUCGACGACCAAGGCUACAUGGUGACAAUCCAAGAGGAAGGCUGGGAGUCCUUCUCCGAAGACGAAGCGCCAGCUAAAAAGGCAGCAGCACCAACAUCUACACCAGCUUCAUCAGCUCCCAAGAGCAAAAGGCCACCCGCCUCAUCCAAGGGCAGCCAAGGCAGCAUCAUGUCCUUCUUUGGCAAGAAAUAGAAAGUCAAAAAACUAACCAUCGCAUAGCGACAAUAAAAAACAAAAGCAUUUUAUAUUCCUAAUCUACAAUGGCACACUCCCCGAACGUGAUACUUUAAACAUCCUUACUCAUGUCUGCCAGUGCACCAGCCUCUGCAAGCUUCAGAUAAUGCUCCUUAUUCUUUCGCAUGCGCGAAAUCAACAGCCCCAGCCUCUUGACUCCAUCAACUAGAUCUUCUUCUGCCUCCCAGGCAAAGCACAGCCUGAUGCUGUGAUUGAAUCGCGCACCACUCUCAUCGCCCUUGACGACAAACAUAUUACCGUAGCCCAAGAUAAGGUUAUCCUCCUCCUUGGCGACACUAGCAAUCAGAUCAGCAGAAAACUCUUUCGGAAAGUCCAGCCAGACAAAAUAUCCGCCAAAGCUCUCCGAUCCUUCCAUGCUUGAAGCCCUCGUAGAGACACCCAGUGGCGCCAGAUGCGUGCGCACUGCAUCUAUAAGCAGCCUGUGUCGGCGCUGCAUAGCAGGACGCAGCGUCUCUUCAAUAUACUCCUGCAGCUUCCCAGUCUCCACGAGCUCUGCAAGCAUCGAUGCGCACAGCUGGCUCGGCGCACCGCCCGACCUUGUUGCCGCAGUAUGCGCAAGACCAGUUAUAAACGCAGGCGACGCUUCCGCCCAGCCGGUGCGCACGCCAGGACCCGAGAUUUUACUAAACGAGCCGUUGCUCACAGCGUGGCCGAAUCCAAGGGGAUCAUUUUCCGAGUUUCCCAUCGCCAGAUCAAUAUCGCAUAUGCGCGGCAUGCUCAUCGACGGCAGCCGCUCAGCAGACACUGGGCCCUGUAGCGGCCACUGGAGGAAAUCGUACACAUCAUCCGAAAUAAUAAGCGCAUCAUACUUCCUCGCAAGCUUAACCAGCGCCUCUCGUCUGCGCAGCGACAUGGUCUUGCCCGAGGGGUUAGAGCACGUGGGCACGCAGUAUAUCAAGUGUCGAUACAGCUUCCUAUCUGUGCCAAAGCACUUAAAGGGUUUUUCCUGAUGCCCCUGCUGAUCCUCCUCUUCAAAACGCUUCAGCUUCUCUUCGAACACAGCAAGAUCGAUCCCUUCCUCGUCCUCGGGCACAGCCUUUAAGCGGCCCGCGAAGCCAGCAUCUUCGAAGAUAGGCGAUGCAAGAUGAUAGCAGGGUGCAACGAUCCAGACGGCGCGGGUGAAGUUGACGUCGCUAAAGCUUUGGAGAAUACAUGCUAGAUUCUGGCUAGCGCCGCCUGUGAUACAGAUACGCUCCAGGUCUGGCUUGACCUUGUAGUGCGCACCGAGCCAUUUCGCAAGCCCGCUGCGCAGACGGGUCAGGCCUUCGUCGGCGCCGUACUCUAGGUAUUCGGUGUACUCGGCCUGGUUGCUGAGGACGCGCUGGCAGGCUGACGAGAGGAGCUGCGCGGGGAGCAGCUCAGGAGCUGGCCAGCCGCGCAGGAAGUUGAUUGGUUUUCGGGAUACUAGCAUAUUGGACGUGGUGGUAGACGACAUGCGGAACGGUUGUGCAGCAAGACUACGAAAGGUGAUGAAUGUGGGUCGUAGGAGGGAGUUUUGCAUUCAAUGGCAAAGUUUGCUUCGUAUUUAUGGCAUAUGGUCGAUGAUUCAAGAGGAAAGAAAAGAAGAGGGGUGGUUUUGUUGGAGCUGGGGCUUUUGGAGAAAUGUAAAGACGCAAUGCCGUGGCGGGGUUGCAGUGCCGUUGGUCGUCCGAUCAAGCUCCGGAUACGUGGGGGU